CCAUUUUCAAAAUUCUUCCACAAAAAACACACCCAUUCGAAGCAAAACCUUCAACAGAACAAAAAAAAAAAUGUCAGCCUCAGCCAUAUUCGGGUUAAAAAUGCCAGUAUUACAACGUUUUUCACCUAUUUCCACCACCGCAUUCUCCGUCGGAGCCACCACCACCAAGUUACCGGCGGCGGCGCCGAUGGUAAUUGAGUGUUCAUCGAGGCCACAAAAGAAGGCUACAGCUCACCAUCAGAAGACACGCCCAAAGAAGACUCAACCUUGGGAUAUUCGACGUAAACCCGCCCUGUAUCCUCCCAUGCCCACUUUGCCACCGGAAUGGUCAUUUGCUACUGAUGAAUCGGUAUCGGGUCAACCCGCUUCUGCUCCAGCUUCGGAAUCCGACGCUUAAUCUCCCGAGUAAUCGUUUCUGUAAUUUUUAGUUUGUUAUUUGUGCUUUCUAUAAUGGUGUUUUCCGUUUGAUACUCUGCCAGGGGUUUGGUAAUGUUUUAUGCUAGACUUCUCAAUCUGAUGGCCGUUUUGUUUUGUUGGUGGGAUAAGUAUAAUAAUCUCGAUUAAAAUUUGGAACUAACUUUAUUGUAUGUUCGAGGUGAGUUAUUAGUUAAAUUCGAGAUUAUUUUAUUAAA